AUGAUGAGAGGAGAUUCAAGGAGAAGCGAUUGGAGGAUAGAAGAAGGGAAGAGAAGAGAGGAGAGGAGAGGAGAGGAGAGGAGAGGAGAGGAGAGGAGAGGAGAGGAGAGAAGAGGAGAGAGAGAAUUGAGAAGAGUGGGUCACCUGGCACAGGGAGCACGUGAAGGGCUUGUUGCCGUGCACACGGAGGUGGUGGGUGUGGAGCGAUGCCAGGGACUUGAGCGGGCGGAAGCGCGGGUGCUGCUCGUUGUGCUGGCAGCCUUUCUCGGGGCAGGUGAUGGCCGUGGAGGAGGAGCUGAGGUUGUGUCGUUCCCUCUCCUGCACCCUAUCCUGCUCCUCCUUUGCAUCCUCUUCCUCUUCCUCGUCUCUCUCCUCUGCCUCUUCCUCUUCCUCCUCCUCUUCCUCUUCCUCUUCCUCUUCUUCCCCCUCUUCCUCUUCCUCUUCCUCUUCUCCUUCCUCUUCCUCUCCUUCUUCCUCUUCCCUUUUGCCGUCCUCUUCCCCUUCGCUUUCAUUUUCUCUUUCGCCGUCCUCUUCUCCUUCACCUUCCUCUUCUCCUUCACCUUCCUCUUCUCCUUCACCUUCCUCUUCUCCUUCACCUUCCUCUUCUCCUUCCCCUUCCACUUUGCCUUCGCCUUCCUCUUCUUCUUCAUCUUCUCCUUCGUCUUUGCCUUCCCUUUCUCUGUCGCCUUCCUCUUCUUCUUUAUCCUUGAGACUCUCCGCCUCGGCAUCGUCAUCAUCAUCAUUCCCCCCCUCAUCCCCUCCUUCCUCUUCCUCUUCUUUUUAAUAUCCAUGCUUUCCCUUCCUCGCUCAUUUUCCUCGCCCCUCAUCUCCUCGUUCUCGCCUGCUUGUCCCUGA